CUUUUGUAGCCAUUCAUUUGGAAGUGUAACAUACUUCCAAGAGCAAAGCUCUCAUCAUUUCAUUCUCACCUACUCCUUCAAAAAAUUGAUUCCCCAUAUAUAUAAUCAAGUCUUAAAGCAUCCCACAAAACCUUCCCUGAUCAGCAUUUAGCACAACCCAAAUGAAUUCAACAUCUCCUUCCUCAAAGCCGGACGUAAAUCUUUCCCUAACGUUAAAAUCGUCUGAUCCAGCCUGCAGGCCGCCGUGCCAUGUUGAUCAAGCUGCCUUAAAGCCUGAAGAAAGAGGCAUACUUCUCAUUCAACUCCUCUUGACAUGUGCUAAGCACACCGCAUCCAGCAACCUCCACCACGCCGACGCAUGUCUCCGCCAGAUAUCACCGCUUGCCUCGGUUUCCGGCGAUCCCAUGCAGCGGCUGGCGGCCCGGUUCGCCUACGCCCUUGCAACCCGCCUUGUCAAGCGCUGGCCUGGCCUUUACAAGGCUCUAAACCAUUCUCAACCAUCUAAUAAGCCUGAGGUACUACUGGACCGACCCUUUCCUUGCCUUGCUUUUGCCUAUGCCAUCAUAGCCCGGACCUUGGUCCACGCCAUGUCGGAGGAGCGGGUAAUCCACAUUGUAGAUUUGGGCUCCGGCGAUCCGAACUUAUGGGCCUCACUUAUGCAACGCUUCGUGCUUAUGGGCCACGGGUCGCCCGGCCCGUCCCACUUGAGGAUCACGUGCGUAAACAGUAACAAAGCCGUUCUAGAGAGGCUGGGUACAAGGCUUGUGAAAGAGGCAGAAGGCCUAGACAUGCCCUUCCAAUUCAACCCGCUGAAUGUUAGUCUAAGAGAGCUGACCGUCGACAUGGUUAAGGUAAGGUCAGGAGAAGCAUUGGCUUUUGUUUCAGUUCUAGGUCUUCAUGUCUUGUUGGCCGAGGAUGAUCGAGUGGACGCAAAUUUUGGGUUCGGCGGCGCGCGCGGCAGCAAAGGCAAAAUUGGCGUUAAGGAUUGCAAGCAAAUGGGGCAAUUCUUAGAAAUGGUUAAGUCAAUGGCUCCAAAAGUGUUUUUACUGGUCGAGCAAGAAGCUGACCAUAAUUUAAACCGUUUGGUGGAACGGUUUGUUGAGGGGCUGCACUACUACAGCGCCAUGUUUGACUCCUUGGAGGGAAAUUAUGGGCGUGAGGAGAGAGUUGGGAUGGAGGAAAUGUUUGGGAGAGAAAUUGAAGAUAUUGUGGCGUGUGAGGGUUUGGAAAGGGAGGAGAGGCACGAGAGGUACGCGAGGUGGAUGGUUAGGUUUGGUAGUGGUGGGUUCAAGCCCGUCCGGUUGUGGUGCGAUGGUAAGCAAAUGGUGGAGGCCAGUGGGAAGGGUGGCUAUAAAAUUGUGAACGAGAAAGCUGGUGUGAUGAUUUGUUGGCACGAACGGCCUCUUUAUGCAGUGUCAGCCUGGACUUGUUAGCUAUUUCUUCUCUUUUCUCCCGUUAUGUGAAAAAAUAAAUAAAAAUAAAAUAAAAUUAUCUUUGUGAAUUAUCAAAUAUCAAUGGAAGUAAAAUCAUAAUUGCACAAUUGAAGUGCUACUUUGGUCCUUAAUU